AUGUCCAGUAGCAAUAGUCUGCACGAACCACAACAGUUUGAUUUCAACCCACCGUCUCUGCAGCCUCAGCAGCCUCAGCAACAACAACAACAAAAACCGCAAGAACAGAAAAAUGUAAAUAGUUUUCAAAGACCACCAAGCAUAACUACAACUGCUGCACCACCAUCCAUGCACUUUAACUCACCACCAAAAUCACCACUAUACAACUCUGGAUCUAUCUCGGGAUCGUUUCCAGGUGCCUUUUCAGGAUCCUUUUCAGGCGCAAUAAAGACACCAUCACCAACAACACCCACCUUUGCCACCAGUUUUCCACAAACAAUUAAACAACAAGACCCAAUCACACUCUCCAAUAACAUGUAUGACUUUAUAUUUGAUGUGCGACCUUUUAACUUGUACAGCAAAAGCCGCAUACAACAAGCAUCCAACUUGAGUGUGCCAACCACUCUACUCAAGAGAAGCUCAUUUAGUCUAGGCGAUUUACUCAAUAUGGUGAGUCUAGACUCUGUUUUAAAAGACCGACUCACUACUCAACUAAACAAUGAUUCCAGUAGUAGUAGUAGUGGUAACAAUUCUAAUACGAAUGACAAGAAAUUAACACUCUUGUUUUAUGACCAAGCAACUACAAAAGAUGCAAUCACCUUCCCACUAUACCAAACAAUCUCCAAAUUUGAAAAGUUUAGUGACAAAUUUGACAUUUACUACUUGAAUGGCGGAUUCUCUAAAGCAUUACUGGGCAAUCCACAGAUUGUUGAAAACACACCACUGGUUUUCAUGACAAGUGGCAGUGGUGGUUUAAACAAUAGUAGUAACAACAACAACAACCAAAACCAAAACCAAAACCAAAACCAAAAUGGUGCAGAUAAUAACCACAGAAAGGCCAAGAGUCUUUCUGGAUUUACCCUACCAUCAGCAACAAAUUUCAAAAGCAAAUUUGUCCAAUCCAUAAAGAAGAAUAACGAUUAUAGCAGAGCAAACACUUUGGGAAACGGAAGAGUUGCACCAACAAAGGAUAGCAUCAAAUCGUACAAGUACAAAUUGGCUCAUGUGCCACAAGACUUGACAUUACCUAAUUGGUUAACAUUUAUGAAGACACAAUCUAAUGAGGAGAUUAUCAAACAACUCGAUGAAAAAUUUGACAAGGUGGAGGAAAUUGAAAAGAAUAGAUUGAAUCAAAUGUGCUCCGACUUUAAAAAACCACUCUCGAGCGAGUCCGGAAGUAAUGAUGAUGCCACGGCAUCUUCACUGGAAAAUGUGUUGUCACCAUGUUGCAGUACAUGUUCUGAAAUUGAGUUUAGAUUACCUAGAGGAAUAGAGUUUGGCUACAAGAAUAGAUACAACAAUAUCUGGCCAUAUGAACACUCGAGAGUCAAGCUCUCUCUUGCUGAACAGCAGCAGCAGCAGCAGCAGCAACAACAACAACAACAACAACAAUUGCAUAACCACAACCAUGUCCAAGCUGGCGAUGACUAUUUCAAUGGCAACUAUAUCAGCACAAACCCAAUUGUAGAGAAUAAACAAAUUUACAUUGCAACGCAAAACCCAUUGGCUUCAACCAUUGACGAUUUCUGGUCACUUAUCAACCUGGAACAUAUCCAAAUUAUUAUCAAUUUGGAUGCAAAACCAGUAUCUUACUUUAACCAUCCAAGUAUCAAGAAUAUCGAGUGCAUCAAGACCAACUCUCCCGACUUUAAAUUGCGCCGCAUAAACAAUAACAUUUACCAUUUCCAUUACCUCAGCUGGCCUGACUUUGGUGUACCACAAUCCUUCAAGUCAAUAAUUGAAUUGGUUAAAUUUAAAGAUGAGUUGAUCAAGCUGCAAAACUUGUCUCAAAAAAUAAUUGUCCAUUGCUCUGCUGGAUGCGGCCGAACAGGUGUAUUCAUCACCAUUGACGCAUUGAUCCAAGGAUUCUUGGCAGAUGCAGAGAAGAUUAUGUCAACGCAAGUUGACUUGGUUUACAAGUUGGUGCAACAUCAACGUCGUCAGCGAAUCUCAAUGGUGCAAACAUUGGACCAAUUUAUCGUUUGCUACGAGGUAUUUAUCAAAUAUUUGGAAUUGGUCAAGACUAGAGCAGAAGUUGAAGCUAAAAUGGCGGGUAAUGCCGAUGCUGUUGACGCUUUUGAUUUCAAAGUUGAAAAUGAAGGCCACAAUGACCAUUCAACACAAUCUAUGCAAAUGGCAAACAUUUUGGAAUUUAUCAACAAUAAUGUUGAAGAGUUUACUCAGCGCUCAUCAACAAAUGCUCAUACACCAAGAGACGUUUCUGAAGGAUUCAAUUUUGGUAACGGAGGAGUACCCACACCCGCACCAUCAGCUGUAGGCGAAAGAGGCGAUUAUUUCCAAUUUCAAAGUAAUUCCUUGCCUGUUAGUUCGAGAUGA